AUGAAAGAGUACGAACUCUUAGAGAUUUCUCUACCAUUACAGCCUCAAUACAUCCCUCAAGCAGCAGCCAUAACGUUGAUUGAAUCCAGCUUUAAUCCGAAACUCAAUGCUAAAGAUUCUGAGGAGGAGGAUGAAACCAUGAAUGAGUUUUUGUCGCGAUUUGUGUGGAUAAUGCGCGGGAAGUUAUCUGAAGUGUAUAAGGAUUGUGAUAAACAGACGAUUGAUGGUAUGCUUUUGAUUAUUGUUGGAAAAGUUGUUUCGGAGAUGGAAAAGGGUGGUCUUGAACAUAUGUUUAGUGCUGCUGUGGCUACAGCAUCACAAGACUUCAGUGAGGAUUUGUGGAAGACAGUGUGGGAAGUGAGCAAUGCAGUGUUGGAGGAUAUGGAAAAGGAAAGGAAGAAGGAGAAAAUGAAGGGUUUUUUGCAAUGUGAGGAGGUGCAGGAAAUGUGUAGGUUUGCUGGUGAGAUUGGAAUCCGAGGGGAUUUGCUGAGGGAGUUUAGGUUCAAAUGGGCUCGUGAGAAGAUGGAAGAGAGCGACUUUUAUGAGGGUUUGAAGCGUUCCAGAGAAGAAGAGGGCAAGAAUGCUGUGACCAUGGGUGAAGAGGCUGUGACGAUGGGUGAGGAGAAACCAAAGGUUGUUACUCUUCCUAUGAGACAUGGGAAGAUAAAAUACAAGAUUUAUGGACUUGAUCUUUCUGAUCCUAAGUGGGCUGAAGUUGCCGAUAGAAUCCAUGAGGCAGAAGAGCUUGAUUGGCCUGAGGAACCAAAGCCUAUAUCAGGGAAAUGCAAACUGGUUACUGAGAAAAUUGUUGCAUUGAAAGAGGAGGAUGACCCUUCUCCACUAAUAGUUCAAUGGGCAGAGCUUCAACAGCCUAGCAAGAUUGAUUGGUUAGCUUUGCUGGAUAAGUUGAAAGAACAGAAUCCGCAUUUAUACCUUAAGGUAGCUGAAAUUUUGUUGAGCGAAAAAUCCUUUCAAGCUAACAUCCGCGAUUACACCAUGAUUUUUGAUGCCCAUGCUAAACAGAACCGCAUAGAAGAUGCUGAAAGAAUUAUUAAGAAGAUGAAUGAAAAUGGUGUUCUACCCGAUAUUGUGAUCACCGCUGCUUUGUUACGCAUGUACUGCAAGUCGGGGAAUCUUGACCGUGCUAGAGAAGCACUUGAAAGUUUGCGAAGCAAUGGUUUCCAACCAAACAAAGAGAUCUACAAUUUAAUGAUCAUGGCAUAUGUAAAUGCUGGUCAACCCAAGUUGGGUGAAUCAUUGGUGAGAGAGAUGGAGGCAAGAGACCUCAAGCCUACGGUAGAGAUCUACAAGGCUUUGCUUCGGUCAUUUUCACAAUGUGGAGAUGUUGGUGGAGCUGGACGAAUUGCAACCACAAUGCAGUUUGCAGGAAUCCAGCCGAGCUUGGAGUCUUGUGCAUUGCUUAUUGAGGCAUAUGGACAAGCUGGUGAUCCUGAUCAGGCAAGGAACAAUUUUGACCUUAUAAUAAAGCUUGGACACAAGCCUGAUGACAAGUGCACUGCAAGCAUGAUUGCAGCUUAUGAGAAAAAGAAUAUGUUGGAUAAGGCUCUAAAACUUUUGUUACAGCUCGAGAAGGGUGGCUUUGAGCCUGGACUUGCUACUUGCACUGUCCUUGUCGAUUGGUUAGGGAACUUGCAGCUUGUUGAUGAGGCUGAGCAGCUAUUGGACAGGAUUGCUGAGCAGGGCGAGGCUCCUCCUCUCAAGAUUCAAGUUAGCCUUUGUGAUAUGUAUGCUAGGGCUAAAAUGGAGAAGAAGGCUCUUCAAGCUUUGGGGGUUCUGGAAGCUAAGAAGGAGCAAUUGGAUUUCCAUGAUUUUGACAAGACUGUGGGUGGGCUUAUCGCUGGUGGGUUUGUGCAGGAAGCUCGAAGGGUAUAUGGAUUGAUGGAGGCCCGGGGCUUUUCUGCAGAGCAUCUAAAAGUUUCCCUCAUGGCAUCUCAAGCUUUUUCCUCCAUGAGACCCUCGAAAUAG